UACUGUCAAAGAGGAAAAAGAACACACUUCUUAUUACUGAUUACCUCGCUAAAAAAAAAGGUAAUUUGAGAGAGAGCAUACACUAAAUAAUUGAACAGAAACAAAUUAAAAAGAAUAACCAAAAAUCAUACUCCAAUAAAUUCAUCUUACCUCACAGGCUGAUUUGUAAAAGCCAAAUUUGUUGACAAUGACAAGUGUUGUAGUUUUUUUGGAACUUUCCACUGAUGUCUUAAACCAUACCAUUCUAGACUCCCAAAAAAUUAACACCGCCAUUGCAUCGUUAUCUUCACAACACAUACUCAUACACCCAACCCAAUUUGGUCUGAAAAAGCUGCAAACACAUCCAAAAAGCUUUCACUUUUGCUCUCGAAGAAGAAAGCAGGGCAGAAGGAGAAGGAGAGCGCAAAGGGAACAAAUGGGCGUCGACUACUACCGGAUUUUGCAGGUCGAUAAGAAUGCUACUGAUGAAGAUUUGAAGAAGGCGUAUCGAAAACUUGCCAUGAAAUGGCAUCCUGAUAAGAACCCUGUGAACAAGAGAGAAGCUGAAGCUAAAUUUAAGCAAAUUUCUGAAGCUUAUGAGGUUCUUAGCGAUCCCCAGAAAAGGGCAAUCUAUGAUCGGUACGGUGAAGACGGGCUGAAGGGUCAGGUGCCACCGCCGGAUGCCGGAUGGCCGGGCGGCGCUUCCUUCUUCUCCACCGGAGAUGGACCAACCACGUUUCGGUUCAAUCCCAGAAACGCAAACGAUAUUUUCUCUGAAUUCUUUGGGUUUUCGAGCCCGUUCGGCGGCAUGGGUGGAAGAGGACAAAGGUUCUCAUCAGGUAUUUUCGGUGAUGGUAUUUUUGCAUCCUUCGGUGACGGCGGUGGCGACGGCGGAGGCGGUUCCAUGGCCCCCCGACAUGCUUCUCGUAAAGCCCCUCCAAUUGAGAGACACUUACUGUGUAGCCUUGAAGAGUUGUACAAUGGAACCACCAAAAAAAUGAAAAUUUCAAGAGAAAUCACUGAUAUUCGUGGGAAAACGAUGAAAACAGAGGAGAUUUUGACAAUCAACAUAAAACCCGGGUGGAAGAAAGGAACAAAGAUCACUUUCCCAGAAAAAGGGAACGAGGAGCCUGAUGUUAUACCAUCAGAUCUCGUCUUCGUCAUCGAUGAGAAGCCUCACAGCUUAUUCACUCGCGAUGGAAACGAUUUAAUCGUCACCCAGAAGAUAUCUCUGGUCGAGGCCUUGACAGGGUGCUCUGUUCAUCUCACAACCUUGGAUGGCAGACAUCUCAAUUUCCCAAUCACUAAUGUCAUCACUCCAAAUUACGAAGAAGUGAUUCCAGCUGAAGGAAUGCCGCUCCAAAAAGACCCCACAAAGAAAGGGAAUUUGAGAAUUCAUUUCGUCAUCAAGUUUCCCACYAGACUCACCGCCGAGCAGAAGGUCGGCAUUAGGAAGCUCUUGGGUCCAGCAUGAAUUGUAUCUUUUGUUUGGAUAGCGUUGUUUCUUUUUAUAAAGCGAGUGAUUUGAUUGAAUGAAUGUGUCAAUUUUGAGGUUA